GCAUCAGUGAAAUCGACGAGUCAAAUAUUUCUAUUAACGAGCUGGUUGCGCAUAUUCAGAAGCAUUUUGCCAUCUGGACCCUUCGACGAGGUCCGCGGCACAGUAAAGCUUAUGUUGUGCGCAAAUAAGUAACAUCAAAAUAUUACCGAAGAUAAGUCGCUCGCGGCCGUCAAGGAAAACCCUUCUUUUCAGUUGCCAACGUCCAAUUUGAAGCGUUUAGUAUUUUCUUAGCAGGCCAUCAACAUGAAACUCCCGCCAGGAUAUGUGGCGGGUGUCGGCGUGCACAAGGCGACGGCAUUUGGAGGGCUGGGCCAGCGGCUGAUGGAGCAAAUGGGCUGGCAAAAAGGCCAGGGUCUUGGAAAAGACAAGAGUGGCAUGAAAGAGGCCAUUGAGGUCAAGGAGAAAAAAGACGUGCUCGGAGUCGGCGCUGACGCAUCUUGGAACUGGGAUCGCAAGUACUGGGAUGAUGCGUACAACUCGGCCAUUCAGAACAUAAACCACGAGACUAGCAGCAACAGCAGCAGUAGUGGCAGCAGUGACGGGUCCGCCAGUAGCAGCGAUGACAGCAGUGACAGCGACAGUGACAGCAGCGGCCGCCGCCGCGGCGGCAAGCGUGCGCGGCAGGGCAAGGGUGGCGCUGUGGUUGUGCACCGGGACGGCACGUUGGCGAGCGCCAGCGCGGAUGAACUCAAAAUUGCUGCGGAGCUGGCGAAGGACCCCUGGGGCAGGUGGGGUGGCCGCGCAGGAAAGAUGGCCCGGAUUCGGGCGCAGGAGCAGGAGGAGGCGAACCGCGCGCGUGCCAAGCUGGGUCUACCGCCGUUGCCCGCGGCGCCGGUGCGGGCGGCUGCACCGGACUCGUCGGACUCGUCGAGCAGCGACAGCGACAGCGACAGCGACGGGCCGAGCACCAGCGGGCGUGGCUCAGACUCGGACGCCAGCGCGGGGCGGCGGAAAAAAGGCGAGAAGAAGGGCGCGAAGGGGUCGGAGGGCAAGAAGGACAAGAAGAAGGACAAGAAGAAGGCGGGCAAAGAGGGCGCUGGAGCAGCAGCAGGCGCGGGGGCUGAGGCGGGCAAAGCACCGGCGGCGAAGAAGCGGAUUGUGGUUGUGUUGGGCAGCGACGCCGCGGCGGAGGCACGCGCGAAGAUGUUUGCCACCUUCAAGCCCACGCCGGCGGAGGGCUGGUGGGGCGCCAAGAUGUUUGUGAGCGUGGGGCUGAUGGAGAGCCUGGAGGACGAGGCGGAGCGCGAGGCGCGCAUGCAGGCCACGGCCGCCAAGCAGGACGCAGACGCGGCGGCGGGCGUGGUGGCGCUGCGUGGCGCGGCCGCGGUGGCUGCGGGGCAGCGCAAGGGCUUCUGCGAGGACGACCAGGAAGCCCUGUACAAGCGGGCGCACGACUUCCAGCGCGUGGGGCGGCGCGGUCUGGGCAAGGCGGAGAUCAAGGUGGGCGCCAAGUGGGAGGGCACCAAGAAAACAUUUGGAGAGGAGAACGACCAAGAAGGCGGCGACCCGGCGGAGGGCGGCAAGCAGCAGCUCGGCGACGAUGAGGAGGAGGCGCAGGAGCAGCCGCAUAACGAGGGGGCUGCUGCAGGGAAGAAGAAGGGCAAGAAGGAUAAGAAGCAGGACAAGGAGGGCAAGGGCUCGGGGAGGAAGGCCAAGGCCGAGGCAGACGCUGAGGACGGCGGGGAAGUGAAGAAGUCGAAAAGGCAGAAGACGGCAGCGGCAGCAGCAGAAGCAGAUGAGACGCCCGGGAGCACCGUCGCGGCCACAUCCGCAGAGGCGGCGGAGGGCGCAAACGGCGGGGCUGCACCGCCGCCCAAAUGGCUGAAGCUCGCCAAGACGGUGCUGAAGAAGUCGGCCGAGCGGCGAAUGAAACUGCGCAAGGUGGUGGAGGAGCUGGUGGCGGCGGCGGAGGAGCACCACCGCAAGCACCACCACCACCGCCAUCACCACCACAGCAAGAAGGACAAGAAGGACAAGAAGAGCAAGAAGGCCGGGGCUGAGGCGGGCGCGGAGGAUGCGGCUGCGGGCGCGACGGCUGGCAGCCCGUGGUGUGAGAACAGCGUGCGCGAGGUGCUGGAGCGCAAGAUCCGCAAGAGCAACAGCGGCCUGGCCCUGGACGGCAAGUACGUAACGCUGGUGGCAGCGGGCGGUGAGGCAUGAGCCCCAGGAGCAGAGGGCCGUGCAUUGGGCAUCAGGAGCUGAGAGUUGGAGCCGGUACGGCAGCCAGGGCUGCUGUCAGGAUUGUGGGACUGCACAGCAAUGGAACAGCGGGCUGUACGUGCAUGCAUGGGUACGGGACCUUGCGAAAGCGAUUGUCGACUUGAGUGUGAGCCGAGUGCUUUCUAACGCGAAUGCGAGCGCAUAUGACGCCAGGAAGAGAUUGUCUUGUGGUGUGUUGCAUGUUGAGGGCUGUGUGACAACGAGGGUAGGAUUUAGCGUACUGGCCCGCUGGCUACGGUGGGCAGGCGGCGCAUAGAGGUGUAGCGAUGGGUGUUGCCAAAAUCAGUCCGUGGUGAGAAGGAGGGACAACAUGAACAGACGAUGUAGACGCGCGCGCCGGCAUUCCAUGACUCCAUGACCGUGGGCUGGGCGUCAAGUGUGAGUGCCACAUGUACAUGCAACACGGUAGUGUGCAAUGCGUAGUGCCUGACUGCUGAGACUAGAGUUAGAGGCCCGCGGACCGCGGUCCGCACGCUUCCUUGGCAACUACCAUGCUGGCGCUGUUGAAAGAGAGUACCGGCAGA